AUGUCGCGCACGCUAAAGCAACAAUGGGGUCUGGAAGCGGACCCUCAUGCCAAUGAGCAUGUUAUGGCAGGCUCGACUAGGCUGACCAAGACUACUACCGUUGGUGGGCACGAAGUCGGCUCCCAGCAGCCCGGUCUGCCUGUCUAUCAUCGUAGAAUCGCCAAGUGAGUACAGCUUGAGCAGAAUUGACACCGCAGGAGUGCCUUUGAACCAAGCUUGCUUGUGGGCGGACGGGCCCGCGGAUCUCGCAAGGCGCGCGUCUUCAAAGAGCGGGACCGAGCUAGCCUGCUCACUACACCACAAGGGGCCCAUUUUGACCGUUUGUCAUUUGCUCUCGAGAAGGCUCAGCAUGCAGAGAGGGCUAGGACCAAAUUGACUGUCGAGACUGACUAUCCUGCAACUCCACACCCAUCCUGAAAGCCCUUUCCCUCUCUUUGCGAUCGGUAUCGGCGCCUCUUUGUUGAUUCUGGGUUUAGUAUUUGUCGGUCAUCGAGGUCUAACAAGCCCUCACAUCGGACUCAAUGUCGGUCUUCCACUUGGAGGCAUUGGACUGCUGACAGCAAUGGUCUUUGCAUUUGCCGAGGGCAACACUUUCUUGUGUGUUGCUGCUGGUUCUCUCGGUGGGCUCAUCGGAGGUACAAGCCUGGGUGAGCAGGAUGCAGGACGCGCGAUAGUAACACAGGAGGUGACUCGCUGACAAUGUUCGUCCCUUCAAUUUGCUAGUAAACCUUCCCUGGACUGGCAUUCAGGCUGCUUACAUCAUGGAAGCGGAGGGCAAUAUCCCCCUGGGUACGAAGGAGCUUUACAAUGUACGCCUUCAAAUUCCGGAAGAGCAUCUACACGAGCUGACCAGAUUUGUUUCCGUCGCUUAUCUCUUGACAUUGGAUAGGCCUUAGCGGUUGUGUUCAUUUGCUCCUUCGUUCCGGUCUUCAUCAUCUUCCUUGCGUCCUUCAAGACUGCAGCUCCAGUCUCUUCAGCAGCCCUCUUCAUCGUCAUAGCCCUCAUUGUGCUCGGAGUCGGCUUCAAAGAGUUUCCGGCCAUUAACCUCAUGAAGACCGGAGGUGCUUUGUUCAUUCUUGUAGGCGUCACACUGGUGCGUUCGCGUGGCGCACUUGACCAAACCAAAAGAGCCAAAGCACUCACAAAUGUCUGCGCAACCUCCUCAUUCAGUUUUACUCCGCUGCAUCGGUUCUUCUGGCCGAGGAAGGAGUUCGCAUCUUGCCUGUUCUCCCUUUGCCGCGAGGAGACUGA